AUGAAAGCAUUCCUUUCAUCCGUACCUCCGGAGCAGCAAGGACAAUUCAUUCUGUCCCGGCUAGAUGACUCCGCCGCCCGUCGUGUACUUCACUCAGGCCUUUCAUUGUCUGCUCCACCAGACAUUCUUUGGACCCAAUUGGCCUCCCUGUUUGCACGCUACCGCCGAGCACACCCGGGUGAGACACCGGAUGAGUAUGCCGACGCCCUCCGAGACCUUGCUUCAAAGGCACAUCCUGAGGAUUCUCCAAAAGUUUGUGAAGUGCACGCGGCCCAGCGAUUCGUGGCUGGGGUGCGAAACGCCGAGUUGAAGGCGAAAUUUCGUCGGAGAGGCGACCGGACCUUGAGCGACGCCCUCCAAAUCGCGCGGACGUACGAACACCUGUAUGACAGUGGAGAUACAGCCCCAAUUCCUAACCCAGUGUUUCCGAAAACGCAACGUCAUCGACAGGAUUUAUGGACCCCCACUGAAACCAAACCAAACCCUCGGAAUUGCUUCUACUGUAUGCGCUUCGGAAAGAAUGCCAGGCGCUGCGGCCACAACUCCCAUAACAGUAAGUCCCCGUUGUCCACAACUGUCCCUACCGCUUCUACCAGACAGUCCUCACCCCUAAUUUUAAUAGGGCAUUUGAACUCUAAACCUGUGAAUAUCUUAGUUAACACUGGUGCUUCCCGUUCGAUUGCUUCUAUUGAUUUAUUACGACCACAGCUCAAUAGUAGCCACAACUGCCCGGAACCUCUUACCGCCGAUGGAUCUAUCAUUUCAACACUUGGCGUAAAUAGAGCAGUACUUUCCCUAUCUGAUAUAAUUACCAAAUUCACGUUCAUCUGUGCACGAAUCAACUGGGACGUAAUUGUGGGCAUGGAUUUCUUAGUCAUGCACGGAGCCCACAUCGAUGCCCAGGCAGGUACCGUCUGGUUCUCUAAAUCAGAAUGUAACAGUACUUCGUCUGUUGACACAAAUAAGUUACGUGACUUGUGCUCCAACAUACCUGACACAGAAAGGAGUAGUGACCCAGCCUUUGAGAGUUAUUUACUGCGGGAAACAUGUGCACUCCUGGAGAUCCAUAAAACGAGGACAACACCGUACCACCCUGAAGGGAACGGUCUGGUGGAACGCACCAACAGGACCAUAAAGAAGAUACUAACUACCCUUGUGGAUCGCUAUGAAGAGGAACGGUGGGACGAACACAUCCACCUGUGCAUGCUGGCUUAUCGUGCGGCUGUACACGAAUCGACAGGCUAUGCGCCGGCAUUUCUACAACUUGGCCACAACCUUCGACUACCUUCUGACGCAGACACGCCCGUGGCCCCGGCAGACCUAGUUGGCAGUAACGAGUACGUCCGAUCGCUCCGCGAACGUCUGUUCGCCGCACUGCAAAUUGCUCGCAAAAACAUUGGACAUGCUCAGCAGCACCAAAAGUCUGUAUACGACCGCAGAUCAAACGGACCUGUGUAA